AGGAUUUUUAGACGGAUCCUAACACCAAGUUAGCAGCCGGAAGCUCUGCUAACACCCGUUAAUUAAUCCUCUCCGGACUCAGGUCGUCGCUCACUAGCAUGAAAACCAUGUUGGCCAUAAUUUCUAACGCUCUUUGCAGGAUGACUGGCCGGAAUGCGGGAGCCCAAACAGUGUCGGAGCUGCUGACUGGCCUGUCAGAGUACGUCGCUCUAACGUCGCCGCCGCCGCCCGCCUCGGCUCAGACCCAGAGGCAGCCGCCUAAACCACCGCCAGUCAGUACUAGAGCUGCCCAGUUAGUUAGCGGCCAAAGCAGCGAGCAGCCAGUGGGCCCAGGUGCCAGAGUCGUGGUUUCCCGCUCUUUUGCUGACUUCACACCUCAGGCAACGUUUGACAUCAAGAAAUGCGACCUGCACCGGCUGGAGGAGGGUCCUCCCCUGAAGGCGGAGCUGACCAGGGAUCAGGGCCUUCAGUAUUACCGGACCAUGCAGACGGUGAGACGCAUGGAGCUGAAGGCAGACCAGCUGUACAAGCAGAAGAUCAUCAGGGGCUUCUGUCACCUGUACGACGGACAGGAAGCUUGUGCUGCAGGAAUCGAAGCCUCCAUCAACCCCACCGAUCACCUGAUCACGGCCUACCGCGCCCACGGAUACACCUACACCCGCGGAGUCUCCAUCAAGGAGAUCCUGGCCGAGCUCACGGGUCGUAAAGGGGGCGUGGCCAAAGGGAAAGGAGGCUCGAUGCACAUGUACGCUCCACACUUCUACGGAGGAAACGGCAUCGUGGGCGCGCAGGUGCCUCUGGGAGCAGGUAUCGCUCUGGCCUGUCAGUACCAAGGCAACGAUCAGCUGUGUGUGACGCUGUACGGAGACGGAGCAGCCAAUCAGGGCCAGCUGUUCGAGUCGUUCAACAUGGCCGCCCUGUGGAAGCUGCCGUGUAUUUUCAUCUGUGAGAACAACAAGUACGGGAUGGGAACGUCUGUGGAGAGAGCUUCAGCCAGCACCGACUACUACAAGAGAGGAGACUUCAUACCAGGAAUCAGAGUGGAUGGGAUGGACGUUCUGUGUGUCCGAGAGGCCACCAAGUUCGCUGCAGAUCACUGCAGGUCUGGAAAGGGUCCUAUCAUAAUGGAGCUGCAGACCUACCGUUACCAUGGACACAGCAUGAGUGACCCGGGCGUCAGCUAUCGAACCCGGGAGGAGAUCCAGGAGGUCCGGACCAAGAGCGACCCCAUCUCCAUGCUGAAGGAGAGGAUGCUGAGCAACAACAUGGCGUCUGUGGAGGAGUUCAAGGAGAUCGACGUGGACAUCCGUAAGCAGGUGGAGGAGGCGGCUCAGUUCGCCACUUCAGAUCCAGAGCCGCCGCUGGAGGAUCUCUGCAACCACAUCUUCUGCAACAACCCGCCGCUGGAGGUCCGUGGGACGAACCCCUGGUCCAAGCUGAAGUCUGUCAGCAAGACCUGAACCCAGACCUCCAGAUGCAGUCCGACCCUGACAGGUAGUCCUCCCAGAACUAACCGGAGCUCCGUCGCUGCACCACAAACUUCCUCCGUCGGCUUUAGAUCUCAGCACCUUAACAGGACUUUACCUGGAACCUGCCCGUGUUAUUUAUCUGUAGUUUUUAUAGACUUCCUGUUUGUCCGUUUGUUUGUUCUGCUGCUCAUGGAGUUGUGCAAUCAUCAAAGACCAGAAGAUGCUGCAGGGCUGCACUAGAGACGCACAAAACCCACAUUUCACUUUGUUUCAUCCACGGUAAACAUUCCUCCGUGUUUAUCCAGCAUUUUAAAGUGUGCUUUUAUUUUUUAGUGUUUAAAUGUGAAAAUGUGCAGAAGCUGUUUGAGACUCUCCUCAAUCCAAGGAAUCGUCUCCAACUAAAUCCAGAAUAUUCUCAUGUCAGUUUUUGUUUACUGAGUGAGUUGUUUGUUUUUGAAAAAACAAGAAAGGAUUCAGUAUGUUGAGAUAAGAAGUUUAAAGGUGUACACAGUAACAGCAAAAAGGGUUUUUAAAUAGUUUUCAUUUUCUACAGUGCAAACCAGAGGGUGUCAAACUCAUUUUAGCCCAAUUUGAGAAAAACCAUCCCAUAAUAACCUAUAAAUAAACACAACUCCACAUGGUUUUCAUUGUUUUAGUGCAAAAAUUCUGAAGAUUUGACAAGUUGCAAACCAACAAGAAAUGGACAUAAAUGAGAUUUUUUUUUUUUUAAAUUACAGAAAAAGAAACGAAUCAACGAAAAAAAUAGACAAAAAGGAAACGCAAAACAACGAAAACUCAAACGACAGGAAACAAAACAAAAAUAGAAAAAAUGAGACAAAAAAGUUACAAAGUGACAAAAAAGGACACAAAUGAGACCAAAUGCCCAAACAAGAAACAAAACAGACAACAAACACAAAACAAUGAAAAAAAAACAAAACACAAAAUGACAAAUUCAAGUGAGACAAAAAGGAAACGCAAAGCAACAAAAAUGUCAAAAGUCAGACAAAGAAAAGACAAAAAAACGACCAAAACAAGACAAAAUACUAUAAAAAUGAGACCUAAAAGAACAGUGAGCAGUGUAUUGGACAUUAUGGUGUGAUUAUGAUGUUAAUGUCUUCUCUGGAAUUUUUACAACUUGACGGCUGAAUUGGACCCUCUGGAGGACCGCUUUUGGCCCAUGGGCCUCAUGUUGGACACCCCUGGCGUAGAACAAAGCUGAAUAUAUCAGAAUUUAUUAACUAGCACAUUUGGGUUAAUAUAAGAAGAAAGCUUCCAUUAAAGACAAACAGUGGUGACUUCAAUCAAUCUAAAUUAUGCAUUUGUUUUACUCACUCUAUAUAGAGUUACUAUAAAAAAUAUUGACUAGUAUGCAUGAAAAAUGACUCUUUAAAUAAUAAAUUGGCUGAUUCAAAGGGGAAAACUUCAAAAGGGCACUUUUUAUUGGCACAGUUUUGUUUUAUACUGCAGAAAAUAAACAAAAAUCCUUGACUGAGUCGCUAAAUAUGAACUUCUAGCUUCCACUUUAUGUGCAUGGAUUGAGUCUUUGAGUUACAUUCACAGUUGGACAUUAUUUUAUGAUGCAAUGGAUGCUCUAAACUUUUAUCCAGAGCUAUUAUGGUGGCAGAAUCAGAGAACCACUCCCCUAAAACCAGCUUUCUGUUCACAAUCGUCCUGUUUGACUCUCCCAGACGAACAAUAUUGGUGUUUGUUGGUGAAAAGUUGCAGGAGACUGAAGUUUUGAAGGAGCCAGCCUCCUCUUGUGCUGGAGAAUCGAUGCACUACAGUUUGUUUUGGUCAUUUUCAGGUUUUCUGGACACUUUGGGGGUAAUUCUGAGUCUGUUAUAAAGAAGAAACUAGUGUCCUUCAUGCACAUCCUUAAUUAUAUUUUACUGUUACUGAGCUUGUACAGAGAUGAAGCUUUACUAUUUAUGUGUGAAUGGUGGAAGGCUGUAGACUGUCUGUAAAAUAAAGUCUUUAAAGAAA